GCAAGGUUUUUUCGCCAAAUUUCAAAUGCAUUUGCAAGUGGCGCUUUUUCCUGAAGCUCACUAACCAUUGUGUUGCCGCUUAAAUGCUUACUACCACUGCAAAAGCGAACAGGACGUGUUUGUAACGACAUAUGAGGACUAUACAAACGUGAUUUUAUCUUUUAGAGUUUGCGGUCUGAAUCAGCCUCAUUAUGAAGUGUCCAAGCUACAGUGAUGAUUGUACGGUUUUAUGCCACAUGGAGAAAGCUAAAUCGGACCUCGGUGAGAUUAAGCGCCACACCGUUUCUCCACGGAAAACGGCCGCCCCAAGCUCACCGGUCACGGCCAUCUCCACCCCAAUGGAGGCCAGAAGCAAAGGCCCCCACAAUAAAGAAAACUUCCAGAAUAAGCGUCAUUCUCUGGAGGUCGCGUCCGACGACGAGGUGAUUCUCAGCAGUUGUGGCCUAACUGAGGACAGUGGCUACCUUUCCCUCCAAAACAGCCGGUUGGAUCAUGGGGACGUGGGUAACAUGGAUUCAUUGGAGAGGAGUAAAGUGGAAAAUGUGUCCUCUCAAUCCUUGGACGCUGAGUGUCAUUCUGCGCCCUGUCUACCCGUGCUGAAUUUCCAGGAGGAGGUGUGCAGAGAACUGUCCAAAAGCUAUAAAAAGAGCAGAAGUUACGACUGGACCGUCGUCAAUAAGGUUGCUGUGAAUUUCGGGCUGCAUAAUGUGAUCGGUGGGAAGAUGGGACUGCAGUUUGUGGACAUCCUUUGUGACCUGUUGAAGAAAGACAUGAGGCACAUUCUCGCAAGGGUCUUGGGCCUGCUGGGAGAUUGCGACUUAGUAAGCUGUAGAAAAGUGAGCCGGACAUGGCGGAAAAUCAUUUCCCAGGAUCAUGUGGCCCUUCAGCGCUGCAAAAAAGCAGAAAGAACGCAAAGGGACUCCGGCCGCCCCGCGGGAUCAUUAUCACGAGACUUCACCUUGAGCAGGGUGGUGUUCUCUUGCAUGCAGACCGUCGCCUCGACGCCCGUUCACAAGGCUGUUAAGAAGUCGCAGUGCCAGACGGGUGGAGCGCAAAACUCAUCCAAAUCAAGUCGCUUCCAACAGUUUCAAGAGGCUGCCAGAUCCCUCAAGCAGCACGAGUCUCUGCGAUCGUGUGUUCUCUGCGGCUCUCCGGCACGCUUCGACUCCGACAUGCAGCAGGCCGUGUGCACACGCAUCAGCUGCGCUUUUGAGUUCUGCACACUGUGCCAGUCGGCGUUCCACAACUCUGACCCGUGCCGAAAAUCAGUCCGAGCCUUCACCCCUUCCCAGAAGACCCUCGUCGCCGGCUCCGCUCGAAGCAAAAGAAACGUCCGUCGCCUCUGAGCACCGCAAGGGAAAUGUUACAAGAACUUUAUUUUUAAAAAAGCCUUUGGGUUCUUAAGUGUUUUGAAAGACUUUUAAAAAUGUUUUAUCUUCCUAAAAUGUGAAGUGAAUUGUGCACAAAGUGGAAUACCUACAAUCAUCCAUUGCCAAAAAAAGAUUCAAGGAGGUUAAACAGCCUCUUUGGUAUUGUAAAUGUUGUUUUAUAAGAUUUUAUAAAAAAUUAUGAAUGUUUUGAUGAAAUGAGCCAUUCUUGUCUUGUCACAGAAAAUGUACAUAUUUAAAUGGUUGAAUAAAGCCUGUAUUUU